AUGAUACAGACGCAGUUCAACAAGAAGGUCAAGUUUGUGCGACACGAUGGAGCCCGCGAGUUUGCGACAAGCUCGCUUCAAGAUUUCUACGAAGUCGAAGGCAUCGAGCAACAAACCACGGUGCCAUACGCACAUCAAGCCAAUGGAACUGCUGAACGCGCGAUUCGAACUAUCGUCACCAUCGGUCGUAGCAUGCUCCAUCAUGCCAAGUUGGACAAGUGCUUCUGGGCUGAAGCGGCAAUGACGGCCGUCUAUGUGAAGAACCGUUUGCCGUCACCCAAGAUUCCACACAAGACACCGUUCGAGAUUGUCUACAAUUCUAAGCCAAGUGUCAAGCACAUGCGUUUUUGGGUGCCAAGCAUACAUCUUGACCCCGAAGGAGAAACGACUCAAGUGGGAUCCCAAGGCCCGGGCUGGAUUGUUUUUGGGCUACGAAGAAGUGUCCAAGGCGUAUCGAGUUUACGACAUCGAAGCGGGGCAGGUGAUGAUAAGUCGCGAUGUCAACUUCGAUGA